AGAAAUAGAAAAACAAGUUGUAACCUAAACCAACCCCUUCGCCAGCAAUACCAAACACAAAAAAUAGAAACCCUUUCUCUCUCUCUCUCUCGAUCACACCAUCAAUCAAUCAAUUAAUCAAUCAGGGACAAACAAAACACCCUCGAUUCGAUCCUUGGCCUCUUUCUCUUUCUCCAUCAAUUAACCCAUCCUACCUCGCUAGCUUCAUUCCUUUUGGGCUUCUCCUCCGGUCACUAGACUGAAGGAGUUGCCUCUCCAUCUCCAUCUCCAUCUCCAUCUCCAUCUCCUUCCCUCACCCUCUCUCGCUCUCUUUGGCUUUGAUCCUUUUCCAUAUAGCCAGAAGGAAUUAAUUAAUUAAUGGAGCACAUCAGGACUCCCAUGAAGGGAAUCCUCAAGGAUAUCAAGCGAAGAGCAUCAUACUAUAGUCAUGACUGGACCGGUGGAUUUCGUUCUGGAUUAAGGAUAUUGGCUCCUACUAUGUACAUCUUCUUUGCUUCUGCUCUUCCGGUUAUCGCCUUCGGUGAACAACUAAGUAAAGAUACAGAUGGAGCAUUAAGCACGGUUGAGACUUUAGCUUCGACAGCCAUCUGUGGUAUUCUGCAUUCAAUAUUUGGUGGACAACCCAUGUUAAUCUUAGGAGUUGCAGAGCCCACUGUAAUCAUGUACUCUUACCUAUACUCUUUUGCCAAAGGACGGGAAGAUCUCGGUUCUCGUCUUUUCUUGGCUUGGGCUGGAUGGGUUUGUAUCUGGACAGCUCUGAUGCUAGUACUUCUUGCGGUGUUCAAUGCAUGCGCUGUUAUUAGCAGGUUUACCAGGAUAGCAGGAGAGCUCUUUGGGAUGUUAAUCACUGUUCUAUUUUUGCAAGAAGCCAUCAAGGGAGUUGUUAGUGAGUUUGAAAUACCAAAAGGUGAAGACCAGAGUCAGCCACUGUACCAGUUCCAAUGGCUAUACACGAAUGGGUUACUGGCGGUCAUAUUCUCUUCUGGAGUUGUAUUUACUGCAUUGAAGAGUAGAGGGGCGAGGUCAUGGCGUUAUGGCACUGGGUGGCUGAGGAGCUUCAUUGCAGACUACGGGGUUCCAUUGAUGAUUUUAGUUUGGUCAGCAUUGUCUUAUGCUGUCCCAGGCAAAGUCCCUUCUGGAGUUCCCAGAAGGCUCUUCAGUCCACUUCCCUGGGACACUAAUUCAUUAUAUCACUGGACUGUUGCAAAGGAUCUGCUGCAUGUUCCCCCGAUUUACAUAUUUGCUGCCAUCGUACCAGCCAUUAUGGUUGCAGGACUUUACUUUUUUGACCACAGUGUUGCCUCUCAAAUGGCUCAGCAGAAAGAGUUCAAUCUCAAGAAGCCAUCAGCUUAUCACUAUGACUUGCUAGUCCUUGCGAUUAUGGUGUUGAUUUGCGGGUUGGUGGGACUCCCUCCUUCAAAUGGGGUGCUUCCACAGUCACCUAUGCACACCAAGAGCCUUGCUGUUCUCAAGAAGCAGUUGAUUCGCAAGAAGAUGAUUAAGACCGCAAAGGAGGGCAUACGGCUCCAAGCUACCAAGUCACAGAUAUAUGGCAAGAUGCAAGAGGUCUUCCUAGAAAUGGACCAAGGCGGCCAUACAAACUCAGUAGUAAAAGAGCUGGAGAACUUGAAAGACGCUGUAAUGAGACACAAUGGUGGUGCAGGAGAGUUUGAAAGUCAUUUUGAUCCAGAGAGACAGAUUGAAGACGCUCACCUGCCUGUUCGGGUGAAUGAACAGAGGGUGACCAACCUGUUCCAGUCCCUUCUUGUGGGUGCUUGCCUCGGAGCCAUGCCUGUCAUCAAGAUGAUACCCACAUCCGUUCUUUGGGGUUAUUUUGCUUACAUGGCUAUUGAUAGCCUUCCUGGCAACCAGUUCUGGGAGAGGAUAUUACUCAUUUUUGUCACUCCUCGCAGGCGUUUCAAGGUUCUUGAAGGUGACCAUGUUUCUUUUGUGGAGUUGGUUCCAUUCAAACAAAUAGCUGCUUUCACUCUGUUCCAGUUUGUAUAUUUUUUGCUGUGCUUUGGGCUGACAUGGAUACCAAUAGCUGGAAUACUUUUCCCAUUGCCAUUCUUCCUGUUGAUCAGCAUCAGAGAGCAUCUUCUCCCAAAACUUUUUCACCCAGAUUACCUUAAGGAAUUGGAUGCAGCCGAGUACGAGGAAAUUCCUGGUGCACCUCACCGUGACCACAGCAUCACAUUUACGGAAAGGGAAACAUCUACAUCUGGUGAUGAUGACACAGAAGAGGAAGAGGAAGAGGAAGAGGAAGAGGAGGUGUGUGAUGCUGAGAUAUUGGAUGAGCUAACAACCAGGAGGGGUGAACUUAAACAUAGAACCAGAAGUUUCUCUGAAGACAGGUUCCUUCAGGUUCAUCCGGAGAAGGGGGGCCCACAAGAGUGAGGAAAAAGGAACUAUAAACUAAGUGUCAAGCUAAAUCAAGCAAUUGCUCAAUUACGUAAAAUGAGCUAAAUACCCUUUUUCUUUCCAGUAACUCUGCCUAUUACUUUCUUCUAUUAUCUUAUACAUAUAGAGAGAAAGAGAGAGGGAGAGGAAAAGAGAGAGAGUGGAGAGAGGUGAGGAGAGGUCGAGUACCAUGUAUGAUAUGAUGAUGUCUCCAGCAUUGCACUCAACUUCAUUAUGGAGAAAGAGAAGAAAAGGCCUAAAUUAUGUAGCAUAAUUUGCCAUUAUUCAGUUAAAUAGGGGCUAGUUAUGAAGAAAAGAGGAAAA